CGACUUUGUUGAAGAACACGGGCGGCGGGCUAUUGGAUGCGGGUAGUGUGUUGAACCGCGGGAUCAGCAACGGAUUCAGUCCGCCUCAACUGCCACGAAUGUUGGAGGUACUGGUAUGCACGUAGUGAAGAAAAAGAAAGGGAAAGGAGAGAAAGAUUCAAGGUAUAGGUAGUGUGCGGAAUAGAUGCCGUGGCGAUGGGACGAUGGGGUGGGCCGAGUCGCGUUUUUUUAAAUUGACACGCAGAUCUCAGCCGCAAGACGCGGAGGCAGACGGCCACAAGCGCAACGUCCGAAAGUCUGAACUACUCAAAGUCAAGAAGAAUCUGACUGCUUGCACUGCUCUCUGGCCUGCCGGGCGAGCGGACCAGUCAGGCGUUACUCAGCAGCAGGUUGACAAGGCAGCCUGUCGUGUUCGCAGUAGUGUAGCCGGCGUCAAGUCCAGGCGGGCCCUGCAACGUCCUGCAGCCGAGAGAGGAAAUAGUCCACGUUCGAUGCAGGAACGCGAGCCUCGUGUCGACCGAGCGCUUGCUCGAGAACACGACUGGCCCAGCACUAACCGCUUUGGAAGAGCUGAGGGUGGGAGUGGACAGCAAUAGCGCCACGGGCACCAACGGUGGAAAUUAAGCAUCGGCGCCGUUUGCAAUGCACUGCCGAAGGGUCUUCCCU